AUGGAUGACACGAGCGUAGGCAUUACGGAGCGGGACAGCCCGCUGGGCCUUGCUGAUUGGGCAGCAUGUGGUACGGGGGAUGAAGACGAACAAGACCAGGGUGCAGCUGGUGCGCCGAGGACAAGGCUGCCUCCAGCUAAGCUUGAGCUGUUGGAGUGGUCCGAAUGGGAUCAAACCAAGGCAUACGAUGAGCGUCCGCUGACCUGUCUGCAUUACUCGAUCGUGCUUGUGCAGAAGAAGCUGUCGAAGCGUAGGAAGGUAACAUGUGACGACAUUAAUGUGAUCGUCAAAAACACAGCAAAGAGGACGGGCAGGCAGGGGUCUGGGUCUGCGACUCGGCGGAUGCUCGCUGAGCGAGCUUUAGAGAUUGAUGCUGAAGAAGAGGCUACAGGAUAUCCCCCUGCGUGGCAGCUCUAUGCAGCAGAGCGACAACACUUCGAGAGGCAUCAUAAAGCGGCUGACAAGCCUGACCCAAAGCUCCCUUCAAUCGUCAUCAAGAACGUGCUUCUAGGUUCAAACAAUAACACUUCGACGCAAGCAGCCUUGACUCCCUCAACACAUCGCUUGAUUAUUCCCGGCUUCUGCGAUACUGUUGUAGAGGAAUACAAGGAAGGGUUUGACCUGGUGCAGAUCCACGAGGACUAA